AUGUGUUGUGCUGUGCUGCUGUCAGUUCCCGGACAAGACGCGGACAAGAAAGAGUUGGGUUGUUGGUUGGGCUUAGCUUGCUUGUUUGAAGAUAUCCCCGAUCAAGCAGGUACCUUACCUCUCCAACCUAACGGUAUGUUAAUGCUUCAUAAGUUGGAGCCAGAUUUGAAUGAGAUUAUCUCGGUACGCGAGAUCAGCUCUCUCCCUAACACUGAGCAAUCCAUGAACCGCCGGUUGGCGGCGGGACGCUGA